AUGGCUCCCACUGCUCAUCUGGAGCUUCUGGCGAAAUUGUACGAUUUGAACAGGAAGCUACCCGACCAUCCACUGAUCACUUGCGACCUGCCACCAGCUCCUAUCACAGAGGUACUAGCUGAACAAGAAGUUCUGCAACAACGACCAGUAGGGUUGACAGUUGACUGGGCGAUAGUCGAGCCAUUGGAUGACGAAUUUUAUGAGCGCCACUAUCAACUUGUUAUCGAAGAAGUACCCAAAAUCUGUCGAUGUUGA